AUGGCUGCUCUACAUAAGAACACUUCUACUUUGAAAUUGAACACCGGUGCCCACAUUCCUGUAAUUGGUUUGGGAACCUGGCAAUCCAGUGAAAACGAGGGUUACAAUGCGACUUUGGAGGCCUUGAAGGCCGGCUACAGACACAUUGACACUGCUGCUAUCUAUAAGAACGAGGAGGAGAUUGGCAGAGCCAUCAGGGACUCGAACAUCCCCAGAAAUGAGUUGUUUGUCACCACCAAAUUGUGGGGUACGCAACAUCGCAACCCAACUGAGGCCCUGGACCAAUCUUUGAAAAGGUUGGGCCUGGACUACGUUGAUUUGUAUUUAAUGCACUGGCCCGUUGCCUUGAAGACUGAUUUGAUCAAAGACGGAAACUUGCUUCAGAUCCCCGAGAGAGAAGAUGGCUCCAGAGAUGUUGACCUCGAGGACUGGAAUUUUGUCAAGACAUGGGAGCUGAUGCAAGAGCUUCCAAAGGAAAAGGCCAGAGCUAUUGGUGUUUCAAACUUUUCUAUUAAUAACUUGAAGGAGCUUUUGAACUCUAAGGGAAACAAAGUAGUACCUGCAGCUAACCAAAUUGAGAUCCAUCCUCUCCUACCUCAAGAUGAAUUGAUCAAUUUCUGUAAAGAAAAGGGAAUCGUUCUUGAAGCGUACUCACCAUUGGGUAGUACAGACGCCCCAAUCUUGAAAGAGGAAGAGAUCACAGAAAUAGCCAAGAAAAAUGGCGUCAACGCUGGCCAAUUGGUUAUCAGCUGGCACGCACAAAGGGGAUACGUGGUUCUACCAAAAUCCGUUAAACCUGAGAGGAUUCACGGUAACCAAGAAACUUUCAAGCUUUCUGAUGAGGACUUCGCUACCUUAAGCAACUAUGCAAAGAAGCAUGGUGAGAGAAGAGUGGUCAGUCCAAACUGGGGGCCAUUUAAGCCAUUUGUGUAA